AUGGGCAAAGCAUCGCCAGCUGCCGCCGAGCAGCCUCACGAUUAUGAAUUUGGUGGACCGCUCGGUGCUUUUGGCAUCUCCUUCGGCCUACCCGUUCUCGUCUACCUCUUCACCUUUUCCUGCAACGACGUCUCGGGCUGUCCCGCGCCCUCGUUCCUGAGCCCCAAAACUCUCUCAAUCGACCAGUUGAAGCUCGAGGUUGGCUGGCCUGAGGAUGGCAUCUGGGGAUUGGCUAGCUGGAAGGCGUCCGGCGCUUUGGCGGCAUACUACCUUCUCAACCUGAUUCUAUACGCGAUUCUCCCUGCUGCCGAGGUGGAGGGCACAGAACUGCGAUCUGGCGGCCGCCUCAAAUACAGAUUCAACACCAUGUACUCCAACAUGGCGACUCUUUUUGCGCUUGCCGCCGGAACCAUCGCCCAGGGUGCAGAGUUCCCCGUCUGGACCUUCAUCAGCGACAACUACGUCCAGCUCCUCACCGCGAGCAUCCUGCUCUCGUACGGCAUGGCUACCUUUGUCUAUGUCCGAAGCUUCAGCGUAAAGGCUGGCAACAAGGACAACCGCGAGCUGGCCGCCGGAGGACACACGGGAAACAUUCUGUAUGAUUGGUACAUCGGACGCGAGCUGAACCCUCGCGUCACGAUCCCCCUUAUUGGAGAGGUCGACCUGAAGGAGUGGUGCGAGCUUCGACCCGGCAUGAUGGGAUGGAUCAUCUUGAACUGCUCUUGGUGCGCUCAGCAGUACCGCAACUAUGGUUUCGUCACAGACAGUGUUGUCUGCAUUACCAUUGUGCAGGCCCUGUACAUCAUUGACUCGUGGGUGAACGAGGCAGCCAUCUUGACGACCAUGGACAUCACCACUGAUGGCUUCGGCAUGAUGUUGUCAUUCGGAGACCUUGUCUGGGUCCCGUUUGUCUACUCCCUUCAGACUCGGUAUUUGUCUGUUUAUCCUCGCUCGCUCGGCCCCGUUGGGCUCCUCGUCUCCGGUUCGCUCAUCGGUCUUGGUUUCUUCAUCUUCCGAUCCGCCAACAGCCAGAAGAACGUCUUCCGCACCAACCCCAGCGACCCAAGCGUUGCUCAUCUCAAAUACAUCGAGACCAAGACUGGCAGCAAGCUUCUCACCACAGGCCUCGCCGGAUACCAGAUCCUUUCUGCUGGCGCGUCUUCGGCCGAAGGGGCCUUUGUCAUGGCCGAUGGCCGACAAGUGGUUCAAGGCGAAGCCAAGGGCUGGGGCAUGUUUAUCACCUACUUCUAUAUCGUGUACUUCGGAGUCCUCCUAAUCCACCGUGAUGGACGGGAUGACCUCAAGUGCUACCGCAAGUAUGGCGAGGAUUGGAACAAGUACAAGAAGCUUGUGCGAUGGAGGAUUAUUCCUGGCAUAUACUAG